AUGUUAAAGCAAUGGUCUAGCCAAAUUAAGUUUGAGUAUGAAGCAAGGAGAUUUAAUAAUGCUGUAACUUUAGGGGUUAAUACUAUAUCUACUAUAAUUGAAGAUAUCUUAAAUCUCCCAAGUAAUAAAAGACAAAGUCCUGAUGAUUUCAAUUUGAGUAUUGAUAUUUUAUUUUGCAGAUUGUUUGAACUUGGACUUACAAAAUCUUAUGCUUCUAAUAUAAAGCUUUUUUUAAGGCAUUUUGGGAUAUUUCUUUAUCACAGUGAUGGCAAGUUAUGCAACUAUAAAAAGUGUAAUUUAUAUUUAAUUAGAAAUAUAGGCUUUCUGCCAGAUAUAUUUGGAUAUUUUACUAUAAGUAUUAUAGAAUUGAAAAGAAUUGAGUUUUUGAGAUACUAUUGUAACUUGGUUCAAAUGGUAUUUCCAUUAUUUGUAUUAAGUGAUUUAAUAAAUAAUAAGAGUCAGUGGAAUACUGAAAAAGUGUUGGUGUCUUCGAUAAUAAGAUUAUGUCAGUCUAUUUCUAGCAAAAAUUAUUUAGGAACUGAUAUAGAUAAAAGUCAGGAUUAUUUGAAUAUAUGUUCAGACCUUUGGCAAAUAUGCCUUAAUAUUUGGAUCCAAUACUUUGGUGCCAGAAUACAAUAUACAAAUAUUUCUCAAAUUAAGAAUAGUAACAUGAAUGAUUUAGAUACUCGGGUUUGUAUGAUUAAUUUGUUCAUAGAUAUGUUAAAGCACUUAAGAGAUCUUAUUUGCAUUAUUUCGAAAUCUAACCUUGAAAUAGGAUGGCAAAUAGAAAUAGUCUAUAAGACCUGGAUUCAUAUAUUUUAUAAUCAAUAUAUUUUAUUUCAACUUGAGGAUGAAUUUAAUUGGAGCAAAACAUAUAUGCAAGAGUUACUAGAACAAACAUUGGAAUCACCAUUUCUGAGCAACACAGCACAAGCUAUUUAUAAUAUAAUUUUGCAUUUAAUAAAAGGGUUUAGCAAGUUGAAUGAUAAACACAUAAAUUUUGAUCUAGUAAUUCAAUUUAUAUCUCAGUUCAAUUCUUUAAUAAAUUUAAUGGUUGGAAUUACUCACAAGUAUAUAAAAUAUCUCAAUAAAAGCAUAGACAUGGAAGAUGAAUUAUUUCUAUUUAAUAGAAAAGAUCGUAUUAAAUUAAGACUUAGUAGCUUAGAAGAAAUUCAUUGUUUUAAAUUGUGGUUAUGCUUAUCUAGCUCUCUACUAUUGGAUAAAUUUACUGGAAAAAUCAAAGAAUUAAAUAUGGAAAAUUUUUCAAAACUUGGAUCUUUAUAUGAAUCUAUGGUAUAUUUGAUUAUUGGAGUUUUAAGUUCUUCUCAUUUAAAUUAUGAGGAUAUUUAUACUUUAGUAAUUUUGAAUUGCCUAAUUUCAUCUCAACAGAAUUAUCUUGAUUCUGGUUUACUUAAACUAAAUAGUAAAGAGAGUUGUUUAAACUUUUGUAGAAACUUCAAUGCAUUAAGGAUAAAUUGUAUUGAAUCUAUAAUUAAACCGGUACUUAAAAAAAGUGAAUCAGUUGAAGAUAUUCAUAAUGACAAGUUAAAAUUAAAAUGGGAGAUUACUUUUAAAUUAGUUUGCAUACUUGAAAAGUCUAUUUCAUUAAUAGAGUCAUGUGGAGAUUUUAUUAUUAAUUCAUAUAACUCUUCAAAUAUAAAAAUAGGUGAAUUGGCUACUAAUAUUAAUUCAAUAACAAGAGGUGAAGAGGAUAAAGAAAAUGACAAUUCACUAAAUUUAUUAUCUAAUAAUAUAUUAAAUACAUCUUUUAAAGCUAGAUUAUGUGCAACGGAAAUAUUAAUUCGACUAAUUCGAUAUAGAGGUUAUGAUAAUGAGGAAAUUAGAAAAAUUUAUGAAUUUUUGGAUGGAGUAUCAAAAUAUAGAUACUUUCAAAAAAUGGAAGAUCAGUAUUUGUCUGACGAAUUAAGAUUUAAUUUUUUCUUAGUUUUAAGUGAGAAUUUAAUAAGAUUAGCUUCACAGCUAAGAUCUAGCAAAAAUUACAAAGAUGCAUCAAGAAUUGCUAGAUUAGCUCUUGAUACCCUGACUCCUAUUUUAAAUAUUCCUUGGAUAUCUUCUGAGAAUAAAAUACUUAGAGUAAAUAAAAGUAGUAAAAUUAGGAGUUUAGAUUUUGAUUCUACACUAGAAGUACAGAAUGGAGGGUUAAUAAAUACACCUACAAGAGAUUCUAAUUUAUUAAAGCUUCAAUUAACAGCUGGGUUUAAAGACGAGUAUUUAACUCAAGAAACUUUUUCACGCUUUUGGAUAUCAGAUGAGGGUAAAAGUUCAAUAAAUAGAUCAUCUAUGCAUGAAUAUUUUAAUGGAACCAGAGCAACAAACCAAACUUUAAUGACACCUUUUACCUCAAGAUUAUAUUCAAAAGGACUAUCAACUGUCAGAUCUCAGACUAUAAAAAAAAUUCAAAAGUACACAAUGAGUAGUUUUAGAUUUAAAAAAAAUCAGGGAUACGAUAUAACAUUAGAUGAAUAUAAAGAGGACGAAGAGGCAUCAUCAUUUAUCUGCCCAAUUCAUGUCUUAUUAUUUUUACUAGCAUUAGAACAGGAAAGCUCAGCUUUGGCUGCUUAUUGUGAUAGUGAACUUAAAAAUGAAAAUAAUAGGGAUGAGAAGCUUCAAAAGUACUUUGAAAUCCUUACAAAUAUUGAAGAUUGCCUGAGUUUAAUAUUCCAUUCUGUUGAUGAUUAUACGAGAUGGUUCUUAAUUUACUUUAUAAUAUGCAAUAAAAUUCUUGGAAUUGACAAAUUAGUAAAGAAAUUUUAUUUAGAAAUUGAUGAACUAAAAUUCAAUUUAAAUUAUACCUCAAUGGAUUCAAUAAGCAACCCAUUUAUAGGAGUCUUAAAAUCCUUGGCCUCCAGGUAUAUCAAAUCAAAAUUAGAGAUACUUCAGUUGAAUCCUGAAUACUAUUCUGACAUUAUCAACCGUUUUCCCCAAUUUAACUCGUUUAAUUUUUUUGAAUUUAUUUGGAUUAGGCUAGAACUUUAUUUUUACUCAUACUAUAGGCAUAGUAGUACAAUAGUGCAUGCUAAUGACAAUAAAGAAGAUAAUAGUAAGGUUUCUGUAAAUCAUAAAUAUAGUAAUGCUUAUAUUAAAGGAAUAAACAAUGGAUUUUGUUCAGGGCUAAUUUCGUUAUAUAACGUUAUAUUAGACAAAUUUAAACCAAAUAGUGAAGAUAUCUUGGAUAGUUUUAUAUACUGUGAUAUUAAACUCUGUCUAUACUAUUUUUUGAUCUGGAUACAUCGUAUAAUUAUUUCUAGAAAAAUAAAAAAAAAUAUAUUGCUACCUUUUGACUCAUGUUUAGAGGCUGCUAUGGGCAUAUUGAAUGAAAUUGAAUCUCAUCUACUGGAUGUAUUUGAAGCUAGAGAAUGUGAAGAAAUUGUCAAGUCUCAGCUUUAUCUAUAUCUUGGGAAAAUAAACAUGCUUAAAGCUAAAACGAUGAUGGAAUCUACAAGUAGUAUCUCAGACUUUUGGUGGAAGUCAAGUUUGAAUAGUUCUAGACAAUCUUGUGAAUAUAUUUCUGUUUCAUUCGAUUUACUUAAUAGUUUUAAUACACUUUGUACAAAAACAGAAAGUAUAGUGAAUUCUGAAGGGUUAAUAUCAAUGAAUACUUCAGUUUGGAAGGAACAUUUUCUUACUGGAAAUGAAAGUCUCGAGCUUGUUUCGAAUAGUUAUACUGAUGAAUAUGACUCACUUGGAAUAAAUAACUUGGGAAUCCCAAAGCCAUUGUAUUCAAUGACAGCCAAUCAACAAAGUGAAAAGGGUCAGAACGAAAAAUUUUUCACACCAAAGCGACUCACAACGCCUAGAAAUAGAGAUACAGCUAUUAGCUUUAAAACUCCAGGAAGAGUUCGUUUUGAGGAAGGUUCAGGAGAUAAAUCAAAAUCUAUAAUGGGCAGUAAUAUGCAACUAGCUCGAACACAUAGCGUUGUAAGAUUUCAGAUAGAUUCCCUUGAAUCAGAUAAUGAAGAUAAUAUAAGGAAGGGCGAGAAAUCAUUUAUAGAUCAGUCAAGUAUCUUUAAUAAUGCUAUAACUUUUGAAAUGUUGGAAAUAUAUCUUCAUUGUAUAUUAGAGUCAAUCUCAUUAUGCGAGCUUUUAAACUAUCAACAAGGAGUUAUCAAACAUUUAUCACUUGUUCUCUCUCUACUUUCGUCAUGCUGGAUAUUUUGUAUAGAGGACAUUAAAUAUGAUGAAUCAAAGUCUAUAGAAAAAAUUGCAAAUAUCAUAGAUUUCAACACGAAAAGUUUUAUUGAAAAUAAUUUGAUGAGAAACUUUAGCAUCCAAUCAUCUUCAAAUUUUAUCUUGUCAAUGCAAUUUGAAAUAGCAUCUGUCAUCUCAAUUUGCCUGUACCGUUUCACUGCACUUACAACUGAUACAUCCUACAAUAAUCAUUGGAAACAAAUUUGUGCAAUAUUUCAUAAAGGUUUUUUAUAUUUUCUCCAGAAUCACCCAAGCUUAACAAGUUUUGGAAAUCAACAGGGAAUAUAUUCAAGUCACACUUUUUGUUUUGAAAUAUUACUACAGCUUCAAUUAUAUCGUUUAGAAAUAUGUAAUGACUUGGACUGGAACAAUAUAGUAGAUUGCCUAAAUUCUAUUAAAGAAAUGUUUGCAGAUAUUUAUAAUAAAAAAACUACUUCAAAUACAGAUUUUUUUAAAGAAUCAACAGAAGAUAGUUUAUAUAAAAAGUCUCUUUACUUUUCUAAUGAUAAUUCUUCAAAUAUUUUACAAGAUUCUCCUGGCCCUUUCCGUUUUAAUACUGAAAAUAGACUUAAUUGCUUAGUAACACUAUGUAGAGUAUAUAAAAAGUUAUCAAAAUAUUUCCUAACUUCUAAUAAACCAGAUAUAGCUUUAUUUUAUAUACUAGAAGCCAAUAAAAUUAUUCAAAUGUUACCAAAGAAAUCUAUUCCAUUUCUUGAUUUAGCAAAAUCCAACAAACUGGUUAUGGAAUCAACAAAUUACCUCUACAAAAUCAAAUUUCCUUCUUGUCAUAAUAUUCUUGGAAAACUUAUUAUGGAAGAUUAUUCUAACUCCUUUGUAAAUUCCAAAAAUUUAGCUAUUGAACAACUUUGCACACUGGGCGAGUAUUGGUGGAAAUGUGGAGUUAUAGAAAGAUGUUUUGGAAUUUAUGAAAGAGCCUUAGAUAUUUGUACUGAAUGGACAAAUUCCUACUAUAAAGCAGUAAAUAUUGUAUAUAAUCAGUUAUCUUUUCUGUUAACUAGUUCAAUUGGACGUUGUAACCCUCAAUACAACUUAUACUAUUCAGUGAAUAAACUAAUAGAAGAAAAAAAUAAAUCUACAUACUCCGAAAAAGUGGUUGAUAAACAACUAGAAGGAGAUAUAUGGAGUGAAAAUAAUAUUAUAAAAUCCAGAAAUAAUUUAUUUGAUGAAGCAGAUGAAGAUAUAUAUAGAAUGACUGAUGAAAAUAAUAAAUCAUUGAAAAAUAUCAACAAAAUUUUGAAUCUUGUAUUUUCUCCUAUAUCUGAUUUAAUUAAAAAUAAACACAAAAAUAAAAUAAAGACUUCAAAGACUGAGAGUCUCCACUUAAAUAAUAUAUUUCAGAAACUUUUAAAUAUUCUUGUAUACUGCUUAUUAUACUUUCAUAUAAGUAGAAAUAAUACCGAUGAGGAUACAAAGAUAUUUUUUGAUUCUAUUAAAAAUUAUUCUAAGAUCAUAUUUGAAAUAUUGGGAAAAUUAGAGCAAGAAAACAGUUGGCUUUACUUAUUUCAAAAACAGUGUAUACAAAAGUUAUCUUCUAGGUCUACAAAACCCACAUCAAAAUAUAAAUAUCAACAUCUCUUAGAUAUAAUCACUUCGAAUUUUUAUAUGUUGGACAAUAAUAUAAAUUUUAUAUCAGAUAUAGCAAUUUGUUUUGUUUUAGAUUUAUCUCAUAAUUGUAUUCAGCUGGCACUUAGCUUAAAGAACACAACUUCAAAAAGUGAAAAAGAUGAAGAUACAAUACUAUUUUUAGCCUGCAAUUCAGAAAAUUUCUCAAAUAUAAAUGAGUACUUUGAUGCAGAUUUUAAGGAUCUUAUCUUAUCUGAACUUGAAAAAGUUUGGUCUACAAUAGGUUUUUUUGGUAAAAAUGACCAGAUUAAAGAUGAUGUUCUAUCAACAAAAAGUAGAAAAUCUAAACAGAAAAAGUUAAUUAAAGAGAAAAUUGUGAUAAAAAAAAACGAAGAAAACUCAUCUAGCACAAAAUACAAUAUUUACGAUAAAAGUGUUGAUGCAAAUGACAAAAAUCAUGGUCUAAUCAAUUGUAAUAUUAAGGUAAAUAUAAUUAAUAGCUUACAUUUUGCCACUUUUACUCUACAAUUAUGCCAUAAAAUUAAAAACUUUCAGUAUAUAAAUAUUUGUAUCUCUUGUAUACUAGAUAUUCUCCUAUGCUUACAUUGGUUAACUGGAUAUUAUCAUAUACCCAAAGUUCUUGAAACAAUCAGAAUUUUAACGCCUCUUUCUUGUUCAGUACAAUCAUGUUAUAUUAUCUAUUGUAUGAGAAUAUUUCAAAAAUUAUUUAAUCAGCUACAACGAGAAAAUUUUGAAGAAGGUUCUUCUUUUGAAGUUGAAUAUAGAAAUACGUUAAAUUGCCUUCUAAAAAGCUCCACUUUAUCUUCUUGGGAUUUUAGCAAGACUAUAUUUGAUUUAAAUGAUAUUAACUUAGCUUGGUCUAGUAUAUUUAUACGUUUAUCUACAUUUACUUGUAGAUUUAGGUGUAACGAAGUGGAUUCAAGGAUAAGUAAUUAUUUCCUAAAAAGUAAUAUUGGCAAACAAAAUCCCAAUGAGUAUGUAAUUGUACAAAUAAGUCGUUUACUUAUAGGGAAUUCACUUUUUAGUGACAAAUAUAUUACAGAUUUACUUGAAUUUAGGAAUCAAGAAAUCGAAACAAAGAAUACAAAUGAACAUUCAAGGUAUCCCAACUUAAACAAAUCCUCUGAAGCUCCAGAUAAUUCUACUUUUACAAAGCCACUCUUCAUAGUUGUACGCCGAAUUCAUUACAAAACAUUGGAAUCUUUAUUAGAAGAAUAUGAACAAAUUCAAAAGGAAAAUUUAGCCAGUAUUGUUACUAAUGAACCUAUAGAUAAUAACCAGCUUUCCAAAGAAUGUUUACCCAAUUAUUCACACAAGUUAUAUGUAAAUAAAUGGUGGCUUAAACGAAAGAAUAUACAAGAUCAAUUAAAAAUCUGGUUAGUAAAAUUUGAAGCACUUAUAUUUAAUAAAUGGAACUUUUUAUUACAUGGGUGGCCAAAAUAUUUCAAUUAUGAAAACCUAAUAGAUACUAUUAAUAACCAAUAUAUUAUUUCUCAAAAAGAAUUGCUUUUUAUUAAUAGUAAAUCCUCAGAAGUUCGAAAAUCUAAUAGGAGAAAUGCUAAAAAUACCUCAAAUAUACUAAAUACUACAGAUUUAACCAUCUACAACACUAAUGACGAAGAAAAAGCCUUAAUAGAAAUAUCUAUUUUAAUUUUAUUAACCAAAAGUUGUAAUUUGGGAAUUGAUAUCAUAAAGAUGUUAUUAAGAUAUUUCAAAAUUAAAGAUCAAAUUAAAACAUUUUUGUUGAAUAAACUCCUUCCUAUAAUACAAAAAAUCUCAAGUUCGAAACUAGAUCAAGAAAAUAAAAGAAGUAACAAAAUUACCAAAAAUGAUGAAGUAAGUAAUUCUUUGUUAAUAAAACAAUUACCUAAUCCCAUAAUUUUAUACUUGGAUCCAUUAUUUAUGAACUUACCAUUAGAGGGGCUAGAAUGUAAUAUUGUACAGCCGAUAACCCGUGGAGUUCAUCCAAGUAUAUCCUUAUCAAAUUUAAGACACUUUAAAUCAAAAUUAAAGCAUGAAAACUCCCCUUAUGCAGUUUUCUCAUGCAGACAAUGUAAUCUUUUCUAUUGUAUAAAUCCAACAGGAGAUCUUAUACAAACAGAAAAUCUUAUUGUACCUUACUUAAAAAGUAUCUUUAGAUUCUCCAAUCAGUCGGGAAUAUCUAACUUCAUCCCAAAUCCUAAAGAUAUAUUAACUAAUAUGUCUAAUGAAAAAUCUAAUCUAUACCUAUUCUGUGGUCAUCAGGCUGGUGAAAAGUUUUUACCUGGAGAAGCCUUUGAAAAGGGAAUUCCUUCAACUAGAGAAAAUUUUCAUUUUACAAAUGCAAAGUCAAAUCAAAUACAAGUAUAUAAUUUGCCACCUGCCUUACUCAUAGGCUGCAGCUCUUCUAGAAUGAGGUCUUAUGGCUCUAAUGAAUGUUUUUGUACACCUUUCCAUUAUCUUAUUGGUGGUAGCCCUUUUAUACUAGGUAUUCUAUGGGAUGUAACAGAUCAUGACAUAGACCUCUUCACAGUUUCAAUAUUUGAAAUUUGGUCAGAUUAUAAAAAUGAGCAUUCACUUUCUUUACUAGAUGCAAUAACAAUUUCAAGAAACAAGUGUAAACUCCAAUUACUUAAUGGUAAUUCCUGCAUAUGUUUUGGAUUUCCAGUGUAA